AUGUCUUUGGUAACGGGAGCUGCUACGUACAAGAAAAAGUCCGGUAUUAUUACCAUUUAUGAAGAUAGAUCACCUGCCAUAUUGCUAUGGAAAGCUGCUGAUAGUGCUGUUGCAAUUCCUUCAGUGGAGAUUGUAUUGACCACUAUUUCACAUCUUCAGGCAACUCCUGCAAACUCUGAAAAGAUGAUGUUAAAGAUUAUUACAAAACAAACAGAGGCUGCUGAACCUGUGAAUCAAGUUUUCGGUUUCAAUAAUAGAAUAGUUAUGGAUAAUAUUAAAGAAUCAUUACAACAAAUAGUGGCGAGACAUAAAUCUGCUAUCCAAGCCGCAAAGACUGCAAGUGAAAGUCCAGCUCCAGAAAAACCUUUAAUCAAUACAACUUUCCUUGAUGAUGCCUUGGAUUCAAAGAAACUUUUGAAAAAUCAUCAAUUACAACAGAAAUUACUACUGGAGAAUAAACAACUAAUGUCUACAUUCAAAGAAGCAGUCAUGAAUCAGGGAUUAGAUCCAGCUGAGUUCUGGACAACAAGAGUCCAUUUAUUAAGAGCAUUUGCAUUAUCAAACUCACAAAAAAGAGGACCAUAUAAUGUUUUGAGUACAAUCAAACCAACUGCAACAAGUGAUAAUCAAGUCAAUGUCUCGGUUACUCGUGAAAAAAUUCAUGCUAUUUUUGAACAAUAUCCUGUUGUUAGAAAAGCAUACGAUGAUAAUGUACCGAGAUUAAGUGAAGGUGAAUUUUGGUCAAGAUUUUUCAGUUCUAAAUUAUUCAGAAAAUUAAGAGGUGAAAAAAUCAAUAACAAUGCUAGAGGUGAUUUAAUCUUGGAUAAAUAUAUAAAUAUGGAUGUUGAUUAUGAAAAACAUGAAGAUGAAACAUUAGAUCAUAAAGUUAAUAAAACUAUUGAUUUGGCUGGUAAUAAAGAGGAUGAUUCUACUAAAUUAGGUAAUGGACCUGAUAUGACAAUGAAACCUAAUGCAGUACCAGAAACAAUUUCUGUACUAAAGAGUAUGAACAGGCUAAGUCAAAAAAUGGUUAAUAGUUUAGAACAUGAAUAUUCAAGAUCAGCAACCCCUGGAGUGGAAAAGAGUAAAGAAGAACUCGAAAAUGAACGUAUUAGAGAAGAGUUACUAUUCAAAGACUUAGAACAACCAGAACAUACAGAAUAUGCAGAAAUUGCAUUGAAACCAGAAAAUGAAACAAGAGAAAUUAAAAAAAUCAAACCACCAACAAGGGCAGAAUAUGCAAAUUAUACUGAAAAUUUGAGAACCCAAGUUGAUACACCAUUAAAUUUACAAAGUCUUUUAUCUGAUGAAAGAAAAAGACAUAUUGAAGAUGCAUCAUCUGCUGUUUUGAAAUCUGUUAGAACUAAUUCCAAACAAUCAAAACAAAGUUGGCAAGUUUAUCGCUCAUUAGAGGAACAAGCAAAUCAUCAAGUCCUUGAUGAAUCAGAUGAAACUGUUGAUAAAGCCUUAAUGGAACAACUAAGAAUAACACAUGGUACUUCUGUUGAAUUCUUGAGACAUUUUUGGUUACAUUUUUCAUCUGGAGAUCCAUCACAGGCAAAUAAUAUUAAAAGUCUUUACAAUAGUUUAUUAAAAUCUCAAGAAAGAAUUAAAGUUGCAUUAGAACAAAUUAAAGAUGAAAAAUCUAAACAACAAUCAAUUGGUUAUAUGAAACCUUUGAAUGAAUCUUUAGCCGCGGCUACUUCAAGAUAUAAACAAGCGCUAAGCGAAGCAAGUACAUAG